GUUUGAAGGUGAACCACCGCUUUAAUGAAUUUGUUGCUUAUUUUGCAGAUAUGGUACAAUGAUAUUAUAUAUGAUACCUUAACUAGCUGUGCAUGAAAGCCCUACAUAUAUGGAUCAUCUUCGAGAAUAUCUACAAAAGAGACCUGUUGUGGAGCAUGGAGAAUACUGGUGAUGCUCGGUAGUGAAUUAAGCAACCCCAUCUGCCAGUGGAAGAAAAACUGCAAAUGCUGUCGUUUUCAACAGUGCACGAGGAAUAUUAAAUGUCCCCAUGUUCUUUAAAGUCAUGAUGAUGUCUGUAAUCAAUUGGACUGUAAGCCAUAUGGUUUGGGGUGAAUAUGAACAAGAACGAAGGGUCAUAAAUCAGGCAUGUAAUUAUAUAUUUUGAAGCGUGUUGAAUCUUUUCAGUUGGAGGUUUCCAACUUUUCACCAGAAUAUGACGCUGGAAAACAGUUAUUGAACCUGCAAAAGAAAGAGAUCAGCCUUACACUGCAUGUUAGCACUUUGGCCCAGUAUAUUAAACAAAAGCGCAUCCCAAGAGGCUUGCGGCUGGACAUUAAGCCUAAUCUAGGCAUUGAAGACCCUGCCUUUAACCAACAGUGGUUUGCCAUAUGCAAUAAAUGUAGCUUGGACCUGAUGCUACUAUCAGUCGAUAAUCUCUCUACGCAAGUGGAGACAAUUAGAUCAGAUAUUGAAAAACUCCGUACACAAAUAAUUGCGGAUAAAGGUGAGGAAGAAGCCGUUAAAAUCUUCUCACAGCAGCGUGAACCACUCAAUAGACUGCGUGAGCAGGUCGCAAUUAAAAAGGCAUCGAAACUAGAAAGGGACGCGAACGAUUAUCUUCAAAACCGGGUCUAUACAUGGCGGGAGGACCGUUACCAGCAGAGGGAAGACCGCUCCUACCUGAGAGAAGAUCGUGGCCGCCAGAGGGAGUAUCGCGGCAGAGGAACGUACCGGAAAGCAGAGGGACAGUAUUGGCAACGCACCAGAGGAAGUUCCCGGACCGGAUUGCCAGCCCCACACGGACACUCGCACCAGAACUAUCGCUCCACUCCAAAUGCUGCACAUAUGGAGUCAUAUGCGUCCAGCAGCAGCGACGAUUACAGCCCAUCCACCUCCAGCCAGCCUUUUUUAGAUGUGGAUCCACGGGAAAAGGGCUAUCCACCGAAGCGCUCAUACAAAAACCCUCGAGCACCUAUACCAAGGGAGCAAUAUCCACAGAGACUCCACUCCAAGCCGAGAUUUUGAGAAAAACCUACAUUUCUACUGUGGGUUCACGUUGAGAUUCUUAUCUUGGACUUUUAGAACACAGUCGACACUUUUCACCGCUUGCACAUACAUAUUGCCACCUUAACAUGUAUUACAUGUUUUUAUAUUUAUAUUUAUAUUUAUUGUUAAACCUCUAUGAUGGGUGGGGGCGGGGUGACACA